UGUAUAUGGCAGAUAGGGAUAACAGCAACGGCGACCUCAGCGAGCUCUCACGCGCUGUGAACGCACGAGCGACAGGAGCUUCUCUGAGGAAAUGGAAGAUGGUGCUGUGACCGAAUUGUCGCUUUAAGCUUCGAGAAACACGGCGGCUUUGGAGAGGAAGAAAGUAAACCUUCCUGCUACCCUUCGCCAAUACGCCAAAGUCAAUGCGCUCCAUCAUUGUAGUGCUGGAGCUGCUUUACCGGCACUUUUCAAACGCGUCUUAUUGCUAACACGCACUCAAGUCAAACCGUGGAAUUUUCCAGAAACAUCCGUUGGAAGUUGUGAGAGAGGUUAGCGGUCGAGCUGCUUCACCUGGACUGAGAGAAAAGCCAAAAUAAAAGAAGGAAGGGGACGAAAGUGUGGAGAUUUGACCCCCUUUCCAUCAGUAUGGAUUGGUUCAUGGGGAAGUCUAAGACGAAGCCAAACGGAAAGAAGCCACCUACAGAGGAGAAGAAGCCGUACCUCGAGCCAGACUGCACCAAAGUAAGGGUCGUUGACUUCGACCUGAAGGAGCUGGUGGUGUUGCCACCCGAGAUCGACCUGAACGAAUGGCUCGCCAGUAACACCACGACGUUCUUCAAUCUGAUCAACUUGCAGUACAGCACGGUGUCCGAGUUCUGCACAGGAGACACGUGUCCCGUCAUGUCGGCCUGCAACACGACGUACUACUGGUAUGAUGAGAAAGGGAAGAAGUCAAAAUGCACAGCGCCGCAGUACGUAGACUUUGUCAUGAGUUCAGUCCAGAAGCUCGUCACCGAUGAGGAUAUCUUUCCCACAAAGUAUGGCAAAGAGUUCCCAAACGCCUUCGAUUCGCUGGUGAAGAAGAUCUGCCGCUACCUGUUCCACGUGUUGUCGCACAUCUUCUGGUCUCACUAUAAGGAGACCUUGGCCAUGGAGCUGCACGGACACUUAAACACGCUCUACACGCACUUCAUCGUAUUUAUACGGGAAUUCAACCUGAUGGACCCCAAGGAGACGUCCAUAAUGGACGACCUGACCGAGGCCCUGUGCACCCCUCUGCCCCCUCCUCCACAGAACCACGUGACGGAGAGAUGAGGCUCGCACUUGUCUCCCCUCCAUCCCUCUGCUCAGGGGAGGACAGAAAGACUGCCCUUUCACCUCCCACAAACUUCGCUCUCUUUUUUACGACCUGGUCAGGAUGGGUAAGCCUGGCCUGCGGGUGGCAGCACUCGCCAAAAUCCCAACCCACCCCACCAGCCCUUUUUCCAGAGGCUGAACUGUUCUGUGAGUCCUUUAACCAGGAAGCAUUCACACUUUCAACACCCCCCCCCCCCCCCCCCCCUUUAUUUAUUUAUUUUUUGGGGGUUUGGUUUUCUCAUCCUCAUGUACUAAUGAGUUUGGGUUCGGAAUAUUGGGACACUUGGUUUGGUUUGUUUCUUCCUCCUAACGUUAGCUCCAUCUAUCAGUCGAGCCAUGUUAGAAUGAGAGGAUGUGAGGAAGAUACUGGUGGCACUGUUUUUCUGUACAGUUUAAGAAGGCUGAACUGUAGUCCUGGUUGUCUACAGAGUCCUCUAAAACUUUUUUUUUUUUUUUUUUUUUUUUUGAGGCAUAACAAGCGUAAAAUUUAGACCUUCAGGACCAGACUGUUUACCCAUAAUCCUUUUAGUCUGACUACUUUCCACCCAAGAUGCUCUUUAAUCCAGCAUCUUCCACAAUGGGUGCACCUUUACUCCCCUCCAGUUCUUUUCCAAUAUCUUAGAUAAUCUUCUCAAAUCCCCCCCCCCAAGCAUACCUCCAGCACUGGAGUGUACCACAGGCGGCCGUAUCGGAUCCAUCUAGAAAGCGGCACCAGUCCGAAGGCCUCGCUUUGUGGUGCUUUUCCAUUAAGCACAAUGACAAAGACAUUUUGUCUGCUACAUUUGAUUGUCCUAUAUCGCAUAUAAAGGUACAUUGAAAUUCCCCCUCCAUGCUUCAUUCAAAAAUUGCUAAGGGAACAAUUAGAUUGGAAUCACGCUAGACUCGAGGUAUCUCCCAGGCUCGCUUUGCAAGGACACUUUCACAGAGGAAAAGUGGCAAAAGAAUGUAAAUCUAGUCUUUAUGUAUUUAACUGUUGGAGAAAAUUAUCCAGAGUGAGUGUGUGAGAGAGAACGAAAGGAAUAAGUGUCUGUAAGCAUGAAAGAGAGAGAAAGAUAUUUUAAAGUCCUCCCUUCAUCACUGUUCAGAGAGUUCUCUUGGGUUGAGGUUCUCUCAUUAGAGGGUUGGAUGUUCAUUUUUAAUUUAUUUAUCUUUUUUUUUCCCCGUUUUUGGUUUAAUUUUGGCUUUUUUUUUCUUUUUUUUCAGGACACAGUUCUGGCUUUCAUUUUUAUGUAUUUUAAUAAUACUUAAGUUAAAAGCGAUUUAAUAUUUUAAGCUCUGCAAAUUAUACCCUAAUAAAAUAUUUAAAAUGUCA